AUGACAGCCUCUAACAUUGGUAUUAAGGGUAUUGAAGUAUAUAUCCCCUCACAAGCGGUUAAUCAAGCUGAAUUAGAAAAAUUUGAUGGUAUUCCAGCUGGCAAGUACACUAUUGGUUUGGGUCAAACUAAUAUGUCCUUCGUGAAUGACAGAGAAGACAUUUACUCUAUGUCAUUAACAGUCUUAUCAAAAUUAAUCAAAAAUUAUGAUAUCGACACUUCAAAGAUUGGUAGGUUAGAAGUAGGAACCGAAACUUUGUUAGACAAGUCGAAGUCCGUUAAAUCUGUUUUAAUGCAAUUAUUUGGCGAAAACACUGAUAUUGAAGGUGUUGACACUGUUAAUGCUUGUUACGGUGGAACUUCUGCUAUAAUCAAUGCAGUAAACUGGAUAGAGUCAAGCUCUUGGGACGGAAGAGAUGCUAUUGUUGUAUGCGGUGAUAUUGCUAUUUAUUCGAAAGGUGCAGCAAGGCCCACAGGCGGUGCUGGUUCAGUAGCCUUAUUAAUUGGUCCUGAUGCACCUAUCGUUUUUGACACUACCAGAGGUUCAUUCAUGGAACACGCCUAUGAUUUCUACAAACCAGAUUUUACAUCAGAAUAUCCUGUUGUUGAUGGUCAAUUUUCUUUAUCGUGUUAUGUCAAGGCUCUUGAUAAUUGUUACAAGCAUUAUUCCAAAAAAGUCCGUGACGAUGGUAAAACAGUUGGAGUUUAUGAUCACUUUGACUAUAAUGCUUUCCAUGUUCCCACUUGUAAAUUGGUUACUAAAUCCUACGCUAGAUUGUUAUACAAUGAUUUUAAGUCUAAUCCUGAGAAUUUUGAUGGCUUGAUUGACAAGGAAGUUGCUGCAUCAAUCAACUCUUUGACCUACGAACAAACGUUGACCGACAGAGUUGUUGAGAAAACAUUCCUUGGAUUGGCAAAAGAGCAAACAGCGAUUAGAGUUGCGCCAGCAUUAAAGGUUCCUACCAACACGGGAAAUAUGUAUACAGCCUCUGCUUGGGCCUCGUUGUCUUCAAUUUUGUACUUCAUCGGUUCAGAAAAGUUGCAAAACAAAAGGAUUGGUAUUUUUUCCUACGGUUCCGGUUUGGCAUCUACAUUGUUAUCUGUCGUGGUAAGGGAUGAUAUUUCUAAUAUUUGUAAAUCUUUGGACUUUGAUACUAAAUUGGGAAGCGGGCGUAAAAUCAAGACACCGGAGCAAUAUCUCGAAGCUAUUGAUUUAAGAGAAAAGAUUCAUUUGCAAAAAUCUUUUGAACCAUCUGGUUCCAUCGAUGAAUUGGCAACAGGCACUUACUACCUCGAAUCUAUUGAUGACAAGUAUAGAAGAAAAUACGCAAUAAAAUCAUAA